GUUACUACGCUGUAACUUGGGGUUCAAUUUAUAACAUAUUUCAACUCAAAUCAGGAAAUAUAUUGAGUCGGCAGUGUCACAGACGUGAUCAACAACAUGGCAACCGCAGCUGCAUCUCGUCUGAAACAAGUGGAGAAAAGGGAUGGACGUGGAGAGAAUCUUCCGCGUACCCACAAGUGCAGCGUGUGUGAUAAGCAGUUUUCUUUUCUCAGUAAGUUAAAACGACACCUGCGCACCCACACAGGUGAGAAACCCUUCAGUUGUGAGGAAUGUAGCAAGCAGUUCAGUUUGCUGGAUUCUCUGAAGAGGCAUAUGAGGACGCACACAGGGGAGAAACCCUACAGAUGUGAGGAGUGCAGCAAGCAGUUCAGUUUGCUGGAUUCUCUGAAGAAGCAUAUGAGGACUCACACUGGCGAAAAACCCUACAGAUGUGAUGAGUGUGGCCAGCAGUUCAGUGAGCUGGGUCGUCUGAAGAAACAUAUACGGAUUCAUACCGGAGAGAAACCUUACAGAUGUGAGGAGUGUGGCAGACAGUUUAGUUUGUUGUGUAAUCUGAAGAUACAUAUGCGGAGUCACACAGGGGAGAAACCGUACUGGUGUGAGGAGUGCAGCCGACAGUUUAGUGAGUUGGGUCAUUUGAAGAAACACAGGCGAACUCACACUGGGGAAAAGCCAUACAGAUGUGAGGAGUGCAGCAAAAAGUUCAGUCAUGCUGUUACUCUGAAGAGUCAUAUGAGGACUCAUACAGGUGAGAAGCCAUACAAAUGUGAGUAGUGUAGCAAACAGUUCAGUGAGCGGGGUACUCUGAAGAGUCAUAUGAGGACUCACACAGGUGAGAAACCAUACAAGUGUGAGGAGUGCAGCAGGCAGUUCAGUCAGCUGGGUAAUCUGAAGAGACACAUGCAGAAUCAUACCAGUACACGUUGAAAGUUUUCAAAGGCCCAACAGGUGUGAUGAGUGCAUGCAGCGAACAGUUCAGUAUACUGGGAUUUCUGAAAAAGCAUGACAGACAGAAAACGUACAAAUGUUAGGAGUACAGAAAACGUUCAAUGAGCUGGGUCAUUGCAAACAUCAUAUGGGAAUUUACUGACUCUGUGAGAAAUUCUACCAGUGUGAAGAUUACAGUAGGACUGUCUGGACCCCAAGACAUUUAAAAACUCACAU